AGUAAGGGCGCCAUAACUUUAUAUAUUUGCGAGUCUGAUGCGACGACUGCGUUGGCGUUCGCACGCGUCCACGGUUGGCAGUUCCUUUGCAAAAUAUAUUAUGAUUUACGCAUAUUGUUCGGGCGUAUAAGAAUACGGGUUUAAUUUUUUUUUAUUAUAAGUGAUGUGUGUAAGGAAGAGAAGUGACCAUAAUCGUGUUUGUUAAAAAAUAAAGCGGAUCUAAGUAUCACGUAUUAUGCUAGCAUUGUAUGAAAUUUGUCAGUACAAUGGUAUCCGAUAGUUCUUGCGGUGUGAAUAAUAUUGGUAUGGAGUAUAACAAUAUGGGGAAGAAAGAAGAAAACAGAUUUACCGUAUCAACAGUGGAAAACGAUGGCAAAAAGAACGGCAUACAUAUGGGCGCUGCUAUAAUUACGAGACCCCUUCGGACAUCUGCAGAAACUGUGGAAAGAGGGGACCCUAAUCCACAGCCAGAUACCUGGCUUCAUGACGCUGGUUGGCGGAGAAAGAGAUCUUUAGCUCAGCUUACGCGAGAGGCUUUACCGCGAAUGGAAAAUUAUAGGAAUUCAAAGAGAGCAUUAAAAAGGCCUAGCCUUGGGGAAUUGCAUGGUGACCAUCUUAUAACUGAGGAGGACGAAAAGCAAAAUCAAAGGGACACAAAAUCACCUACUCCUGCCCUCGGAAUAAAACUAGGAUGGAUUCAAGGCGUGCUGAUACCAUGUCUGCUGAACAUAUGGGGUGUUAUGCUGUUUCUGAGAAUCUCCUGGGUGGUAUCACAGGCCGGAAUCGGUUUGUCUCUCGUCAUCAUAGCGAUAUCGGCUAUUGUAUGUGUUAUCACUACUCUUUCUAUGAGCGCUAUUUGUACGAACGGAGAAGUUAAAGGAGGUGGUAUAUACUACAUAAUAUCAAGAUCACUUGGACCGGAAUUUGGAGCGUCGGUUGGAAUCAUAUUUGCGUUUGCAAACGCGGUAGCUGCAAGUAUGAAUACAAUUGGGUUUUGUGAUUCUCUGAAUGACCUAUUGAAGUCUCAAGGUGUAAAGAUCAUAGAUAAUGGUGUUAAUGACGUGAGAAUUGUUGGUGCUGUUGCUUUAGUCGUCAUGUGUAUAAUCUGUGCGGUCGGCAUGGAUUGGGAGAGCAAAGCCCAGAACUUCCUAGUUGCAAUCAUCGUAGGAGCAUUGGUAGACUUCGUCGUUGGAACAAUUAUGGGGCCGAAAGAUGCAACGGAAAUAGCUCAAGGCUUUGUUGGAUUUAGCGCAACAACCUUCACAAACAAUUUCGAUCCCGAUUUCCGGUACAGCGAGAAUCUUGACCAAAAUUUCUUCAGUGUGUUUGCUAUAUUCUUUCCAUCUGUGACGGGCAUCCAAGCUGGAGCCAAUAUCUCUGGUGAUCUGAAGGACCCUGCCUCGGCCAUACCUAAAGGUACAUUGCUUGCCUUGCUCAUUUCCAUGAUCAGUUAUGCAGUUAUGGUCCUUAUAUCUGGUGCUGGGGCUUUAAGAGAUGCCAGUGGAAAUAUCACAGACCUGAUAAUGGUCAAUGGAACUGUGAUAGACAAUAGUGCUCUGUCGCACUGUGUCAAUAUUACCGGUGGCUGUCAAUUUGGACUUCACAAUAGUUAUUCCGUGAUGCAACUUAUGUCGGCAUGGGGUCCAUUCAUCUACGGUGGAUGUUGGGCAGCAACGUUAUCAACAGCCCUGACGAACCUUCUGUCAGUCCCAAGAUUAAUCCAAGCCCUGGGAGUAGACAGAAUCUAUCCUGGACUCAUCUUCUUCUCAAAGCCUUAUGGGAAGCACGGCGAGCCUUACAGAGGAUAUGUUCUGACUUUUUUCGUAUCUCUCGUGUUCUUACUGAUAGCUGAUUUGAAUACAAUCGCACCACUGAUUUCCAAUUUCUACCUGGCGUCCUAUGCUCUCAUCAACUUCUGCACAUUCCACGCAGCACUAGUACGGCCCCUCGGAUGGCGACCUACAUUCCGGUAUUACAAUGUUUGGGUCUCCCUGGUAGGAUUCCUAAUGUGCGUGGCAAUAAUGCUUCUCAUCAGUUGGGUAAUGUCACUUGUGACAUUCGCGAUAUUCUUCACUCUAUACCUCAUUGUUCACUACCGCCAUCCAGAUGUUAACUGGGGAAGCAGCACUCAAGCGCAAAUGUACAAGACGACAUUGUCAAGUGUACACAACUUGGCACGUACAAGUGAACACGUAAAGAAUUAUUGGCCACAGUUGUUAAUACUGGCAGGGAAGCCCCAGGACAGACCCGCUUUGAUAGAUCUAGGGAAUCUCAUUACGAAGUCUGGGUCCCUAAUGAUUGUGGGUGACGUACAGCAGAAGAAACUAUCAUAUAAAGAAAGAUCGUAUCGAUUACGGACGAGCGACGAAUGGCUACGCGAACGCAAAGUACGCGCGUUCUGCGCAAAUGUAAACGGGUAUAGCUUUGAGACCGGCGCACGCGCAUUGAUACAGUCUACCGGUGUUGGUAGACUUGUUCCUAAUGUAUUGUUAAUGGGAUACAAGACGAAUUGGACUACAUCAUCUGCAGCCGACUUGGAAUCUUACUUCAAUGUUCUACAUACAGCAUUUGAGAACCGCCUGGCAGUUGCAAUAGUACGAGUAGCAGGAGGUCUGGACUUUGGGUCUGUAGCAGAGGAGACGCCAGCUAGUGGUCUCACAGGUACCUCAAGCACUGGAGAGCUGCGAGUGCGUCGCGGCCCACUCAUUAUGCACGCAGAUUCAGACCUUGAUAUACGUGGAGACUCUACACCCAGCAGCAGACAUAAUUUGAAUUUACUAACUUUGACGACAUCCCGUUCGUUCACUAUAUCAGAGAAGAGUGAUACAAAGGAGAAGAAGAAAGAUAAGAAAAUAGCAGAUAUACCUCGAAAUAUAAUAUAUAAAUCAGCCUCGGGGAUAGAGUUAUCUAUGGAACAGUUAUCGCAAAUGACGUUAUUUAAGAAAAAACAGGAAAGCGGUACAUUAGACGUGUGGUGGUUAUAUGACGAUGGAGGACUGACGAUUCUACUACCAUACAUUAUAUCUCAGCGUAGCGCCUGGUCCAACUGUAAGUUGAGAAUAUUCGCGCUCGCCAACCGACAUCAUGAAAUGGAGCUUGAAGAAAGAAACAUGGCAAACUUAUUAGGAAAAUUCCGUAUUGACUACUCUUCGUUGACAAUGGUGCAGGACAUCACUGAGCCUCCCCAGCCCGAAACAAAACAGUUGUUUGAGGACACAAUUCAGAAGUUCACCGAGGAAACUAUGGGUGAAGAUUGCUUAAUCAGCAAAACGGAACUAUCGACACUUUGUGAGAAGACCAACAGACAGCUGCGUCUGCGAGAACUGCUUCUGGCAAACUCCAAGGAUGCUCGCCUCGUUGUCAUGUCCUUGCCGAUGCCCAGAAAGGGUUCAGUGUCAGCUCCACUAUACAUGUCCUGGCUAGAGAUGAUGAGCAAAGACCUCCCUCCGAUGCUUUUCGUAAGAGGAAAUCAAACCUCAGUACUUACAUUUUAUUCAUAGGCAGCUAAUUUAAAAUGUCUGUUAAGUGUUAAAUUGUAAGGAAAAUACUUAAUACGUAAGGUUACAUUAGUUGUAAGUUUGAUGUUAUUUGAUAGAGCUUUAAUUUUUACCAGAGCAAAUGCGCCGUAAGUAUUAUUUUCUUUAAGUACAAAUUAAUAUGCACAAAGGCCUGGCAGGUUUUGCCUUAUACCCCUAGUACUUAUAAAAUCUGACUUAUAUUUUAGGUAGGUACUUAAUUGUAUCCUUUAAUACAAAGCAAUUUUCACCAAAGGCAACUAUUAUUUAAUAUUUAAUAGCUUAUUUUUAUUUAUUCAUAUGGAUACAUCAGAUAUAAUAAUUUUAAUUUAUCAGUAUUUAAAUAAUAAGUAUGUGUUUGUACUGUCUUAUUAAUGAUUAACACGAGGCUGCAUUCGAGUGUGAACGAAUUUUUUUUUAAUUUCAUAUCUCGUAUCGCGUGCUUUACAGCGAUUCGAGCUAUGAAAUACGUCUUUUUCGACUUAAUGUUUGAAUUUAAAGAAGUUAUAUCUAAAAAUAUUUUUAUGUACUGCAAAAGUUAGUAUGAAUUUUUCUACAGAACAUUGUCUCAAGAUUGUGAUAUUUUCUGAAAAAAAAAAAGUCCAAACACUUCCACGCUAACGUUAAGACAUUAGUGCGAAGUGAACAGCGACUAACAGCCUCACUAACUUAAAUUAUCACUUUUGACUCAUCACGAGAUCAUCUUUGAGCUUACAAUUUGUUCAGUUCCAACCUUAAGGACCAAACAAACACAAGUCAUAGUUGUUAUGUCAUUCAUCUCAUCUGUACUAAAGAUAAUUUAUAUUCAUCGUUUAACACUUUUUUAACAAAUUUAUUUUAACUUUAUUGAUAAGUUUUGUUAUAGUAUUGACAUCUGUAUUAUUAUUUUAAGUUAUUUACUUUAAUUGGGAAAGACAUUCAUUUUUCGUAAAUAAAUUACCUAUUUAUGU